CUCCGGAAAAGAGAAAAGUCCCCUCUGACUUUCCGUACUUUAUGAAAGCGAAGGUUAGUUAGCUUGCAUGCUAAUCUCACAUUGAGGAGGGCAACCACGAUAACCUGAGUCUGUUGGUGAUCUGUAAAAUAAAAAGGAUCCUCAUCAUGGUGACUGGAAAGCGGCUGGCUGACAUCUGCUACCGGACGUUUUCCACCUCGAUGAUGCUGCUGUCGGUCUACGGAGGCUACCUGUGUGUGAUGCGAGGCUACCGCUACAUGCAGAAGCAAGACCAGCUGAAACUGGCAGCAGAAAACCAGGACCCUGAUGUCAUCAAAGACUGACGGACUGCUCUUGUUUUUGCACACGUGGACAUUUCUCAUUCCUCCUUUUUUUAAUCCGUCGCUAAAUCAUGAAGAUGUUUAUUCUUCUCUGGGCGGUUAAUUGCUCUGUGUGACGGUGUUGUGCCCUCAAAAGGAAGAUGUUCAAGCAAAUUAAUUAAACUUUGCAUCAAUGGCCGGUGUAAAAUCCAUGUUGUGAGUGUUUCAGGACUGAAAAUGGCUGUAAUUGUUUGUAUUAUAUUAUAUUAAAUGGCUUUAACCACA